AGGCAGCGUGCAGGGCAGAAGGGAAACCUCCCCCUGCAUCCUGGUUUGUGUUUCUCGAGGUCUUAUUUUGCAGGAAGCUGGCGUGCAACUGCUGCUGAAGGCGUCUCCUCGACCAUUAAAACUAAUUAUAUGUCAUAUGCAUUUUCAUAAAACAUACUCAGCCUCCACUUUGUCUCCCUGCACAAGUGUUUCACAACAUGGACAAAACCGCCCUGAUGACUCACACCCUGAAGUCAAAUGCAAAGUCAACACUUCUUGGAGGAGAUCUGCCCGGGGCUGUGAUAAGCAACAAUCAGUACAUUCCCCCGCUGACCGCUGAAGCCCAGAAGACAGACGGAAGUGUGGACCACAGCUCCCCCUCCCUCGAUGCUGCUGUCCUCUCUGCUCUGUCUCAAGAGACCAGAACCGUGGUGCUGGUGGGCCCUGAAGGAUCCGGUAAAACCACGGCUCUGGAGAAGCUCGUUGUGGGCUGGGCCAAAGGGGAGCACCUCCAGAACUUCUCCUAUGUUUUCCACUUCCGCUUCAGGGAGUUGAAUUUCCUCAACGGGACGCUCUCCCUGGAGGCGUUGAUGCUGCGUCAUCACGGUCAUCUUCCUCCCGAGGCCGUGCCCAAACUCCUGCGGGAGCCCGAGGGUGUGCUGUUUGUUUUCGACGAUCUGGAUCAGUGCAAAGACAGCUUGGACCCCUCCGUCCUCGACCUCUGCCCUGACCCCGGACAGCCGGCCUCCGUUUCCUGCUUAGUGGCCAGCAUGCUGCACGGAUCGCUGCUGAAAGGAGCCGCCUUCGUGGUGGCGAUCAGAUCGGCCGAGGGUCACAAGUUCCUGAGUGGCUCCCGGGUCCAUAUGUUGGGGUUUCUGAAACCACAGAGAGAAGCCUACUGCAAGGGGUUCUUCUCCGAUGACCCUGCUGCUGCCACCAAAGCAAGAAUGCACAUGGAAAGCACUCUGGGCUUUUAUGACAUCUGCACUUCCCCCAGAUUUUGUUGGACGGUUUGUUCCGUCUACAAGUCUCUGAUGGAUUCUGGAGCAAAACUUCCCGACACCUUGUCUCAGCUCUACGUAGACAUCCUGGUCCACCUGAUUCAGAACGAGGCCCGCAGAAGAGAGCUGGUGUUGGCCCUCGGCAAGAUGGCGUCUCAUUGCCUCAUCGACCAGCAUUCGAGUUGCACCAAAGAGGAACUGGAUUCUUUUGGUUUUCAAGAGUUUCUCACCUCAGUUGGCGACUUCCUGCGAGUAGAUGACGAGCAGUCAGACAGAGGCGUCUUCUCCUUCCACUCCCAACUGAUGCAGGAGUUCAUCUUGGCCACGUCUUUCCUUUUGGACACGUCGACGUCCGAGGGCGUGGAGAAGAUGUUGGAGAAGCACAAAGGCCGUGCAAAGUUUCUGGAUGCCUUCUUGUCAGGACUCUCGGAGCCUCUUCAGCGCCAGCCUCUGGAGACCCUGCUCGGGGAGAUGAACUCUGAUCGGAUCACCGGUUUCAAACGCUGGUUCAAAAGCAGCUCGGAGGCGACACUGAAGGGAUACCACAAGAAAGAACACCACCGCUGCUUCCACCUGCUCCUUCAAGCUCAGAACGAGAGUUUGGUGAAAGAGGUCGUCUGCCCCACGGCACGAAUCGGGAUCAGCUACGGAGACAUGAACCUCCAGGACUGUGUGGCCCUGAGUUAUGUCUUCAGGUGCCUCGGCGAGAUGGAGCACUUGAAUCUGUACCGAACGAUGAAUCUGACGGAGGAACAAGCAGAGAGGCUGGCUCCGACUGCGAGCUUGUCACGCAAGAUAACCUUGAAGGACAGCUACUUGAGUACUGGUGCUGUCCCCCAUCUGGCCUCGGCUCUCAGCGGAGGACUCACCGAGGAGCUGGAUCUCUGUCAUAGCCACCUCGGAGAUGAGGAGUUCAAAAUUCUCUGCGCUGGACUCAGAAACUGCAAGCUGCACACAUUAAAACUUCGAGCAUGCAAACUUACAGGGGCGAUCUGUGGAGAUCUGGCGUCUGCUUUGACCUCAGGCUCCUCUCAGCUGUGUGUGUUGGAAAUGAGUUUUAAUGAGAUUGGGGAUCAGGGCUUCAUGAAACUGUGCAAAGCGUUUCAAAGUCCUCUCUGCAAACUCCAGGACCUCGAGCUACAGAGGUGUGAGGUGACUGCUGCGUCCAUGGAGGAUUUUUCAGCAGCUCUGCGUUCGGGCCAAUCGGAGUUGAGAAAAGUGGACCUGACACAAAACUUGAUUGGUGAGACGGGAGUGGAGGCUUUGUGCAAGUCACUUCAGCACCCACUCUGCAAACUGCAAAGCCUCAAUUUAAACGACUGCGAGUUGACGGGUGCCUGCUGUCCUCACUUUUCGGAGGCCCUGAUGUCAGAGCACUGCUCCCUGACAGAUCUGGACCUGUCAGUGAACGAUUUGUUCCAGGAGGGGGCGCUGCUGCUCUGCAAAGCCCUCCGUCGACCGGGCUGCCCAAUGGAAAAGCUCAGCUUGGGACGAUGCGAGUUGACCCCGCCGGUCUUCGAGGAGCUGAGCUCGGUGCUGAGAGGCGGCACUUCUCGACUUAAGUCCCUGAUCGUUGGUGUAAAUGAAGUGGGAGACCAAGGGGUUAAACACCUCUUGGAUGCUUUGGCACAUCCAAACUGUCUGUUGGAGGAGCUGGAUCUGGAGAUGACCGGUUUGACGGACGCCUGCGUUCAGGACUUGUGUGCCGCUUUGAGAACCAAUAAGACUCUGAAGAGCCUGGAACUGAGAAACAACAUGCUGACGGACGCCUCCGUCCCAGAACUCGUCCAGGUCAUGCAGGACAGCGACAACAUGCUGGAGCUGAACCUGAAGUACAACGACUUCAGUGAAGAAGUUUUCGAAGUGAUGGACGAGUGUGAUAAAAUAAGUUACUGAAGAAGACGGAUAAGUCUCACACUGCUCACAUGCAGAGUUUAUAUAUAUUUUUUACGCUGAAAUUGUUAGUGGAUUUAUAAAUGUUUCAAUUAACAGAAAAAAAGCAUUGAAAUACUUAUUUUCAAAUCAUAUUUCAAGGAUAAAUAGCGCAUUCACUGCUUCCAGCUUCUGAAAUGGGUAGAUUUCUUUUGCUUUUCUUGACAUUAUUUCAAAGUAAUUUAAAUGUAUUAAACUGUAUAUCUCAUAAAACAAGAAAGAGGAUUAAAUUUACCUCGAAGAAAUUGCACUUUUUUUGCUUUAUUUUCUAGCUCCAACAGAAAUAAAUAAAUAAAAUAAUUGUCCAAUCCACAUGUUUAGCAAUAAUAAAAAUCCUUUCACAAUCAUUGCUCAAUUUGGUACAAUAAUAUUUUAUUAAGAAAUCUUUGGCAUCUGAAGAGAUCUCUCGCUUACAGGACAGUAAGCGGUUUAAGGCGGAUUGCAGUGAUUUGUUUUACAGCUGUAAAUAUAUUACCAAUUUCACAAAUAAAAUGUAUUUACAUGUAGAAAAUGUGUUUUGACAAUAGCAGUGUUGACAUGCUCCGUUUCCAUUUCUAACUUCUAACAAACACAAACACACACAUUUACACACACACAGCGAGGUGCAAACCACACACACACACACACACAUUUACACACACACACA